CUCCCGCCCUCCUCACUUUGGCACCGCCCAGGGGCCUAGCUUUGGCACCGCCCAGCGGCCUCGCUCUGGCACCGCCCCCUGGUUGCCAAGCAACUACUCCCCUCCCCGGUCGCCCGGCCUCCACACUCUGGCGUCGCCCCCUGGUUGUCAAGCCUCCGCUUGACCAGGAGCUUCACUCUGGCCCCUCCAUGCGCGUAGUUGAUCUCUCCCUGUCCACCGAGGGCACUGAGGUCAUUUUGGCCACAUCCAGCGAUGAGAAGUACCCGCCCGAGAAUAUUAUCGACGGGAAUGCUGCCACAUUCUGGACCACCACGGGGAUGUUCCCCCAGGAGUUCAUCAUCUGUUUUCACAAACACGUGAAGAUUGAAAGGCUCUCCCUCCAGUGCUAUUUUGUGCGCAGUUUGAGGAUUGAGAAAAGCAACGCCAAAGAGCCAGUUGACUUUGAGCGGUGGGUAGAAAGAGACCUGGUGCACACAGAGGGACAGCUUCAGAUUGAAGAAUUCAUGUUCCGGGACGGCUAUGCGACUCACUUGCGGUUCAUUAUCAAAUCAGCCUACGAUCAUUUUGUGUCUGUGCACAGAGUUUCCAUAGAAGGGAUGAGUGUUUCAGCCAUUACCUAAGAAUUCCUGAAAUCAACUGGCUUGUGUAUGAUUUUGUACUACUAUUUGUAUAAAUAAAGUUAUCCUCGUAGUUAAACCCA